AUGCUGCGGAAGCUGCAGGACGACGGCCCAUCCUCGCCCCACAGCUGCAUCCAGCCCCACCGCACGGCGCUGAGAGCUGUCUUCUCGGGCAAGGAAGCCGACUGCCACACUCUGGGUCCUGGGCCCCCAGACGGCUCCGUGCUGGGCCGCCCCCCCCGACCCAGCUCCAUGCUUGCCGAGCAGGUGGAGCUGCAGAUGACUCCGACGCGGUUUACUUUCAGCAUGUUCCGCGCGGCGCAGCUUGUCACGUGCCGAAAGGGAAGUAUUCUGGACUCCCCACCCCAACCCACCCCGCUGACGGCCUGGCGCCGGCCACCCGGCGGCCUCCCCUCCCUCCCCUCGCGCUGCAUCUCCCCCGCGCCCCCUCCCCCGCCGGGCGGUGGAGCCGCGGAGCCCGGACGCGAGCGUGGGGCGCAGGCGGCGUGGGGCGGGCUCGGCGGGCGGGCCAUGGCGCGGGCGCGGGCGGCGGGCGCGCGGGGCCGGCCCGGGCGCUGCGGGCUGGGCGGGCGCUGCGGGCGCCGCGCGCUGUUGGCCUGCGUCGCGUGGACCGCGGGCUGGGUGCUGGCGGCCGCGCUGCUGCUCCGCGCGCACCCGGGCGUCCCCUCCGAGCACUGCAGCGACGAGAAGAGCCGGCGCAUCCUGGCCGCGCUGUGCCAGGACUACCGGGGCGGCGCGCUGGGCGGAGACCUGUGUGAGGACCUGUGCGAGGCGGGGAAGCUGCGGUACCGGCGCUGCUUGUACUAUGAGCGCGGCAAGAAGGUGCUGCAAGCCGACUGGCGCGGCCGGCCCGUGGUGCUCAAGUCCAAGGAGGAGGCCUUCUCCAGCUUCUCGCCGCUCGGCCUCCUGGACGGGCAGCCCGGGGCUGGCGGUCAGGACUUGCCGGAGGCCGAGCUGCUGGUGCUGGCGGCCGGGGAGGCGCGGAGCGCGCUGGGCCUGGCGCCGGCCGAGGGCGGCCUGGGCCGGCUGGGGCUGGCGCGGCGGGGCCCGCGGCGGCGGGGCCAGCUGGCCAGCCUGUGGGCGCUGCUGCAGCAGGAGGAGUUCGUGCUGCUCAGCCUGCUCCGCGGCCGCAGCCCGCACGCCCCGCCCGUGCUGGGCUCCUGCGGCCACUUCUACGCCGUGGAGCACCUGGCGGCCGGCAGCCCCGGCCACCGCGCCCUCUUCCCGCUCGGCCCGGACGGCGGGCGCCGCGGCCAGGCGCGCGCGGUCAGCGGCGUGGCGCUCAGCUUCCUGGACAUGGUCCGCCACUUCGACCAUGACUUCGCCCACCGCCUGCACCUCUGCGACGUCAAGCCCGAGAACUUCGCCAUCCGGAGCGACUUCACGGUGGUGGCUAUUGAUGUGGACAUGGCUUUUUUCGAACCUAAAAUGAGGGAAAUUCUCGAGCAAAACUGCACGCGGGAUGAAGACUGCAAUUUCUUUGAUUGUUUUUCAAAGUGUGAUCUGAGAGUGCACAGGUGCGGGGCCCAGAGAGCCAACAGCAACCUGCAGGUGGUCUGCGACAAGAUCUUCCGCCACUGGUUCUCCUCACCCCAUGGCAGCUCCGCGAUGUCAGGCCCGCUGCGGGGGCAGCUGCAGGCAGCGGUGCAGGAGUGCGCGGCCCCCAGCGCCCAGGGCAUGCCCCGCAUGCUCGGGAGGCUGCGAAGCCUGCUCCAGGCCGCGCUGCGGGAGCUGCAGGAUGGCGAGGAGCUGCACCCCUGGGCGAGGAGCCGUCCGCGAGGGGACACUCACCGUGGGACCCCGGGCGCUACCCGGAAGGCCCCAGCCGGCCUCGGCCAUCACCCCCUUGAGUGACGCGAGGGACGGGUCUGGCGCCAGGGUCUCCCCUGUGCAGGAGCAGGAGUGUCCACGGGGCCCUGCAGACUCCCAGUGCAACAGCGUGCACAGGGGUGUGCGCAUGCAUGUGCACAAGGGUGUGCAAGUGUGCAUGGGCACAUGGCCGUGAGAGCUGUGCAGGUGUGUGGACGUGUGUGAGCAGGUGAGUGCCUGGGGCGUGUGCUCCUCCGGGCGGGGAAGGCACUGUCUCUGGCGGGUCCUGGAGCUUAGGGCCUCCGGAGCAGAAUCACCUUUGUUUGAUUGAAAGCAUUGAAGGAAUUGAAAACAUUAAAAAACACAAGUCUGGGAGCUGUAGUCUGUACU